AUGAAGAGAGUCCCUUUUYUCCUGUUAAUGUGCACGGCGCUUUCUUGGGCUUUUCCUGCAGAUACGAGACAGAAGAAAGAAGAAGGUAUUCAGAAUAUCCAGAUGUACCUGGAAAAUUACUACAGCUUUAAGAAAGAAGGGGAAUCUGAUUUCAUUUGGAAAAAUAACAGCCCAAUAACCAAAAAAAUAAAAGAAAUGCAGGAUUUUUUAGGGCUGGAGGUGACUGGAAAACUAGAUUCUAAAACACUGGACCUGAUACAGCAACCACGCUGUGGAUUCCCUGAUAUAGCUGGAUUCUCCACCUUUGCAGGAGAGCCAAAAUGGACAAAACAAGUUCUAACAUACAGGAUAUUAAACUAUACACCAGACCUACAUCCAGCAGAUGUGGAUGCAGCAAUCAAGAAAGCAUUUAAUGUUUGGAGCAGUGUAACUCCCUUGAAGUUCAUCAAGGAAGAAAAUGAUCAYGCAGAUAUAAUGAUUUCCUUUGCAGCCAGAGGUCACAAUGAUUUCAUCCCCUUUGAUGGCCCAGGAGGGUCCAUUGCUCAUGCCUAUGCACCUGGCACGGACUUUGGUGGAGAUGCCCAUUUUGAUGAGGAUGAAACCUGGAAUAGCACAGAGGGAACAAAUUUGUUCUAUGUUGCUCUCCAUGAAUUUGGCCAUUCACUGGGACUUUUCCAUUCCAAAGAUCCUGAAGCUCUGAUGUACCCAAUAUAUAGGAAAUUUGACCCUUCAGCGUUUCCACUGCAUCAGGAUGAUAUUAACGGCAUUCAGUAUCUUUAUGGACAUUCUCUUAACACCUACAGUGACCAAAAAGAAUCUAUUGAGGUAAAAGAACCAGAUGAGCCCAAAGAACCUGCUCUGCCAGACACCUGCAGCCCUGAUUUAACUUUUGAUGCUGUCACCASUUUCCGUGGAGAAAUAAUGUUUUUUAAAGACAAGCACUUUUGGCGCAAGCAUCCUUCAGUCAGAGAAGUUAACUUUGGCUUAAUUUCAUCAUUCUGGCCACGGCUGCCACCUGGUGUUGAUGCUGCAUAUGAAGUUCCUGAAAAAGAUGAAACUGUUCUUUUUAAAGGGAAUGAAUUCUGGGUUGUGAGAGGAGAUACCAUACUUCCUGGAUAUCCUCAAAAAAUCUAUGUCUUGGGCUUUCCAAAGGACGUGACCAAAAUCGAUGCUGCUUUCUUUAAUAGAAAUAAGGGGAAAAUAUAUUUCUUCAUAGCYGACAAAUUUUGGAGUUAUAACAAAAGAAGCCAGUCCAUGGACAGGAAACCCAGACACAUAAGAGAGGCAUUUCCAGGAAUUAAUGAGAAGAUCRAUGCAGUUUUUCAACAUAAGAACUUCUUCUACUUCUUCCAUGGAAGAAAGCAGUUUGAAUUUGACCCUAGUAAGAAGAGAGUUACACGCCUCCUUAAGACGACCUUCUGGUUUCCUUGUUAA